AUGUCAACAUCAGAGCUCAGCUUGGCCCUCGCCGCUGCCGCCGUGUCAGUUCGCCGCCAGUCUGCGCGGUGGUUGAAGCUCGCUCAGUGCCCGCCGCUGACCAUCAAACUGGACAGCCGCAUCGACACGCUGGACUCCAGACUGGAUACACUGGAUGCCAGACUGGACGUGCUGGACUCCAGAAUGGACACGCUAGACUCUAGGCCGGACUCAAGACUGGACACGGUGGACUCCAGACUUGACACGCUGGACUCCAGGCUGGACGUGCUGGACUCCAGAAUGGAUGUUCUUGACUCCCGAGUGGACAGAGUCAUCGAACGGGAGCGUAAACAAGACUCUGAAAUCGCUACUGGCAGCACCCGACUCGACGAACUAGCCUCAAGGCUGGUAGACGCUGAAACAGGUCUGAGUGAUCAGAAGCUCCAAGUGCAAGGACAGCAAUCCCUAGCUCUCAACCAGGAACUGCUGCUGAACGUCACCUCAUCGCAGCUGGGAACCGUGGAGUCCCGACUCGAUGAGCAGACAUCGCGACUCCAGGAACAGGACUUGUUAAUAGCUCGGCAUGGGUCAAGAAUCGACUCACAUGAGUCGCGACUCGACAGCCAAGCGUCUCAGGUCAACCUUCACGAAUCUUCUAUUGAUGAACAUGCAUCUCGAAUUGCCGAGCUGAAUUCCAGUCUGGAGACACUUCAGAACAUGACCGGCAGUCACGAUGCGCGGAUUGAUGGGAUCACCCUCCGUCUCGAUGCAGUUCAGAAUGCUUCUACCGAUGAUGACUCUGUAGCCCGCGACUGCAGUGACCUACCGGCCGGUUCCCAGAGCGGCAUCUACCUGCUGCGGCCCGGUCUGGGGGCCACCGGAGAGGUGCCCGCCUACUGCGACCUGGAGACGGACGGCGGACGGUGGACCGUCAUCCAGCGCCGGGCCGAUAUAGAGCCAAGGGAGGACUUUUACCGAGACUGGGCCGCCUACAAAGAGGGAUUCGGAGAGCUGGAUAAAGAAUUCUGGUGGGGCCUCGAGAACAUGUGGGCCAUGACCUCACCAAGCGACCGGCAAUACGAACUGAGAAUAGACCUAGAAGAUUUCGAAAGUGAGUGGAGACAUGCAAUUUACCAGAACUUCAGUAUCUCCUCUGAAUCGGACGGAUACCGGCUCAAUGCUGUCAACUACACCGGAAACGCCAACGACUCGCUCACUUAUCACACAGGACAACGAUUUAGUACAAAGGACAGAGACAACGACGAUAAUGUUGGUAACUGUGCCAAAGGAUGGGAGGCCCCCUGGUGGCAUAAGAAUUGCUACAAAUCCAGCUUGAAUGGCAAAUAUCUUGCCGGCGAGCACACCAAGACAUGGCACGGUGUGGUAUGGAAACACUGGCGGGGUGGCAACUACUCUCUGAAAACGGUGACCAUGAAGAUUCGGCCCACGAGAAAAGCUCUGACUGGUUAG